UUGGGUCGCCUUCAUCAGUUGAAUGUAUUGGGUCAUGCCUUGACAGUGGAAUUUGCCAAAACUAGGAGGCAGGUUGCCAUGGGAACACCAAGCAUUUCGGAUAAAUACCAACCGACUGUCGCAAGUAAUGAAGAGAAGGAGAAGAAGGAUGGAAAGUCCAAACCUUUCAGAAUUGAAGAUAUGCAUCAAAAGAGUAUGAUGAAGGCAAAUGGUCUGGCUCCAGAUUUCGGGCUUUCCCAUCCUAUAAACCCUAAACUGAAGUACCACUAUCCACCACCUACCGUCAGUAUUCUAAGUAACAUCGUCAAUGCUUUGGCCUCGGUUCCAAAGUUCUACGUCCAGACGUUACAUCUAAUGAAUAAGAUGAAUCUGCCAGCUCCAUUUGGUCCUCUUACUCCAGCUCCUCCACUGGAAGAUGAUCAGAUAGUUGCCCCUCCAGAGCCUGUUGAUAACACCCCUGCUGAAAUGGAAGUAUCCAGUUCUAGUGAAGGGUCAGAGUUUGAGAGCGAUGAAGAGAGUAGAGAGUUAGCCAAGAAAAUGAAUCGCCAGCUUGGUCACACAGCUGUCAAACGACCUUCCAAGAAGAAGCCAGCGGCCCAACGGAAGCGACCUCGUCUCCAGGACAUGAUCACCACCGCUGCUGCAGCCAGGCCAACUGACCCGACCCCAGGGGUCAGUGGGGUCACCAGGACGGAGGUGUUUGACCCAACCCAGGCACCUAAGAAACCAGAGAUUAGGCUCGCUGAAAGCAUCACAAGUGCUGUGGAGAGACAGAUCCAACAAGGACAAACAGGCACCGUUGAGGACUCGCCCAUUCCGACUGAUACCACUAGUACUCAAGAGAUAGGAGGCUUUGGGACAUUCCAACCCCCGCUGAAGGCAUCAGAUGCUGGAGAGGAAGAAGAAGAUGAAGAGGAGGAGGAAGAAGAUGAUGGACCAGAGUCAGCGGAGUUCAUCACCAGAGAGCAACUCAAGAAGAAGCUUUCUAAAGACGAAAUGAAACAUAUAUCUGUCUUCAAGAACUACUCGUCGGGCGAACCAACCACCAGACUGUACAUCAAGAACCUAGCCAAGCAAAUAGAAGAAAAGGAUUUGAAAUUCAUUUAUGGAAGAUACAUUGACUGGACUUCACCAUUAGACAAAGACAUGUUCAACAUCCAACUGAUGAAGCAAGGUCGUAUGAAAGGUCAAGCAUUUGUUGGUCUGCCCAGCGAGCUUGCUGCCCAACGGGCUCUCAGAGAUACCAACGGUCUGCUGGUCAAUGAUAAACCUAUCGUCGUUAGUUUUGCACGAUCUGCCAAACCCAAGGAGAAAGAAGACCCUAAAAAGAAGAAGAAAGAAGCUGCCAAGAAACCCAGAGAUGCAAGGCGGAUAUGAAAAAUGUUGCUACUUUGUCGAUCAGACUCAAGGAUAUCACCACGGUUUCAAGGAGUGAAGAAGAAGACAUAGAUAACAUGCUGAUAGAAUAUCAGGACAAACAGAGGAAGAUCUAGACGAUUCUGACCUCAGCGUGUUGUAUAGGGGUCAUAACUGAUGGGAUUCCUAAGAACAGUAUCAGCAUUUUCAAUGGGUUAUGCAAUAAGCCAGGUGCAUUGCAAUGACUGUGCAGAAGCCAUCUUAUGCAUACCUGAAAACCCAUCAGUUAGAAAUUACCAUAGAAAGUGGCACCCAAAUGAAAUUGGUCUAUAGAUCAUACAGAAGGAUAGAUAAAGCUUUUAAGAAACUCAUAAAUCAGGAAUUGGAAAAGGUUCUUGGUACAUGUACAGAAAUGUUACAUAUUUUUCAGGGAGUAGAAAGAAUAUUGUUAGAAUUUCAGAGGUACAUGACAGACCAGACUCAGUCUUUAACACCCUGAAGAUUGCUUGCCUGGUAGAGAUGAGCCGCUCAGAGAUGAAAAGUGAGAAACACCAGUACCAAAGAAGCAAACCGAUAACGAAUGUCUUUGAUUGCUUGCAUUGAUUGCUUACAUUGAUAACAAAUGUCUUUGAAGAUAAAUCUUGGGACAGAGCUCUUGGUUACACAGUUAGAAAGAGAAUUAAAUGCCUAUGAGAAACCAUGAAGAAGUUUGUAAUUCCCAUUUAGAGAACCUCCAAAGAUCUUGAGUCUUUCAACCCCACAGCCAGACCAUGUACCCUCCACAGGACAUGAUUUGUGUAGUGACCCGAGAGGAAGAAGAAGAUGGGUUGGUUAGAGAUGAGGAGCAAUAUAUGAAGACUGAAAAGAGCAAACAAGGGCCCUGUUACAUAAAAUAUAAUGAUUGAUUGUAGAGCUGAUUUUUACAAUUGAUCAUACAUAGUAAUCAGUGCAAUCAAUCACAGAAAUUAUGUGCAGAAAUCAAUCCCACAAUCAAGUGCUAAGCUUUGUAUUGCUAAGUAUGCUUUGGGCCCUUGAUUGUUUGUAGAAGUGGAAACCUCAGGGCAGAGUUAAAAUGAGGAGAGACCUAAUCCUAUGUCCACAAACCACUAUAGAAGUCAGUCAUUCUAGUAACCUACUAUACAAAUAGUGAAUGUUCAUGAGUGCAAUGGACAGAAUACUUCAUGAGGUGAAAGAUGAAAUGAUCCAUUCAAUGAGGCAUAGUCGAGUUGAAUAAAUCAUUCUUUUCAUCUUUCAAGUAUUCUGUCCAUUGCAUGAAUGAAAAAAAAAUUCAUUAUUUGUUUUAUAUGACACCUAAAAAUAGGUCAUGGUCAUUUGGCAUAAGUGCAUUCAGUGCAAACGUGGUCUGUUGAUUGUCACAUACAUACAAACACAUGCACUGUACACACAAGUUUUUUAUUGUGUGUACUGCUGGUGGUCUUGACGUGCUCGUGCAAUGGACAAAUCAUAUGGAUCCAAUUUUGCACAGAUAAAUGACGUCAUUGUUAAAUGGCCUGAAUGAUCAAUAUCGAAUGACAAGGAUCUAUAUAGGUGUCAUAUAAUUUUAAAUAUCUAAUAGGGAAUAUAAUACUUCUGGGGCCCGUUUCAGAAAGAGUUGCGAUCAAACGCAACUCAAAAAAUCUUGGGCAACUUGAUUUUCAGCCAAUGAAGCACCCGUAUUUGGUAAUUGCGCUUGAUAUUUUGACUUGUGAUUAAACAUAGUUUUUUUUUGCAAGAGGCCCCUGGAAGAGACUGCUUCAUAGUUUCGUUUAAUACUAUUCUUGGUGAAUGAACUUUGGUAUUUGCACAUUCAUGAAAUUUUCAUUAUUUUUAGUGAAAAUAAAACUACAUAAAUGCAA